CCGGAAGAUAGAGAUCGCCUCCUAUUUCCAUCGUCCACUAUGCUAGGAUUCCAUUUCUCUUGGUACAGACCUUCAUGUUCUCUUUAGACCCCUUAUCUCAACCUUCUCUCUUUUCCCCCGAAGACUUCAACCGGCCAUCAUGUCCGACGACCAGGAGUCUCAGUUUACGGAUGAGGACAUCAUCGUUAUUCCAAUAGACCGCUCGUUCAGUGAUGGAGAUCCGUCAACAUGGCCGAAGGAGCCAAGAUACGGCAUGCCGGAUGAUUCGACAUACCGGGAGAAAGUGGCUAAACUGUGGUUGCAGAAGACUGGGGCAUAUGAAGAAGGGAUGAACUAUAUCAUAGACCGCUUGCCAGAGGGAUACGCUCUUUUUGAUAGACCGCGUUUGUCAAACCCUGAAGUUCGUGAUAAGUUUGUCUGGGGUCAUCCCUGUGGACAGUUCUAUUAUUCCUCGGUGCAAUUCUUUCCACAUUUCUAUUAUUUGAUGACCGGUGGGACUUCAAAGUGCCUUUGUAAUCUCUGCGUGAAGAUGUCCGAAAAGAAGAAAGUUGGCCAUCUACUUCAGCGUGGCCGUAAGCCAAGACCUCGUCCAGUCGUCGACAGCGAAGGGACGCCUGAUGUCUACAGAAUGGCGAUUCAGAAACUCAAGGAGUACGGCACGUUGGAUGAGAAGAUUACAGAGCCAUCAAGCAUGGAUUGGCGAGCGGAAAGGAAGCGGCUAAGCGAAUAUUUAACGAUGCUGAAUCUGCAGGCCUCUUAUAUCCCACGUGCCGGCGAAAUUGUACUCUGGACUCCUUCACUCGAAGGUGAGCUGUCAUGGAAUUACGACGAAGGACGUAUUGAAAUGUAUUCCCAGUCUAAGAACAGAUGGCUUGGUCCCCCUGAGUGGCGCGCCGGCGUUAUCGGCCAGGUUCCGGAAGAGGACAUAGUGCUCCAGGACCUGGUGGAAACGACAAAGAAGAAACGAGAGGUUAACUAUUCGGGCUUCCGCGUGGAGACUUUUCCAAACCCUAACGGUACGGAUAAGAGCUACUCGUUACAGUACAAAUAUGUGCAUUUGAGGUGCAUUAAGCCGUUCAAUGCAUGGGAGCUCUUCCUGCAAGGAACUGCUCGCGAAGCGCUCCACCCUUCCAUUGAAAAUGCCUUAACUAUCAUGUCCUCAUUCAGCUUCCUGGACAAGUACCGCUUCAGAGGCACCUGGCCUAACGCAACCGUGUACUCCCGAGGCAUCUUCAUUGGUGCGGAGCUUCUGCUCAUCGGGGACGCGGUUCGACUGAAACCAACUGGAUACGCAGCGAAAAGUCAUCAAAAAGCAGAGGUGACGGAUAUUAUGGUCAUCGAAAGUAUCCGGCUCGAACUCACAUCAUGCGUGGACGAUCCGCAAUUGGAACAGCUGGCUGAACGAUAUGCAGCGCGCAUUCAAGGACCAACAUACACAACCAGUCGCAGAAGAGCACAAGCAGUUUCCAAGUCCACUUCACCACCGGAGCCCUUGACGCAUGACGAGGUGAUUCAGGAAUUCCAGUAUGUCGGAAUGAGCAUGUACGGCAAUUGGUACCGCUUGAACCCACCAGGCACGAAAGUGGAAGUGUCGCAGGACAUGAUCGUCGGCCGUUGCUAUGAGCCUGAUUCAAUGGCACUUCUAUUCGGGCGCAUUUCCUUUGGAUUGGACGUCCACGGUGUCCUCGUCGCACGCGAAUAUUCCCGGCGAGCGGAUGAGCGUAUCCCCAAAGGCAAACGCUGGUUCUGGGGUGAUUUCAGGACCCAAACCCUCGCCAUAGACACCCUAAAUGGACAAGACGUCGGCCACUACAGCGAGUCUCGGGACGUGGGGAUGUGGAGGGCCAAUCUCAAGGUCAUCGACGGCAAAGCCUCGGUGGGUGAUCUCAGCGAUGUAGGACGAUUACUGACGAAGCCAAAGUCGACUUUCCACGAGCUGCAUAAGACAAGCACACUUGUCAGCAGCGGUCUUGAUACCGUGGAUGUGAGCAAUCCUGUUAGCUCUGCAGAAGAUCAUGAACAGAAAUAUGAGCCUGAAGAGUCCGAAUCCGAGGAGGAUGACUUCUCCAUUCCCCUCCCCUACAUCCGUGGAGGAACCGAGGAGACGGAACUGGGAGACUACGUCCCUGAGAAUGAGCGGAAGACCAAGAAGGCAAAGACUAAAAAGUGAUGGUGAAUUCUUUUCGCCACUUAUACCUAUUAUGGUAUUCACUUGCAAUAUUAUGAUAGACAAAGGCAUGGGAUUAUUAGGUACAAUAUGGCAUACAUAAAGGCGUUAUGAACUGGGUGUUUUUUAAACUUACCUAUGUAAUUGGAUUAUCAUGGAAUAUUUAAUCACUACACUCAACUCACAUUACAUGUCUACUUUUAAACACAUCAUACAAUCCAACCAAGCCAAUCCAAAAGGAAAAGGAGCAAUUAAUAAGUCCUCCCCACAACCUCCCUCGCAAAAUCCGCAAAGGACUUUCCCAUCUCCACCUCCUCCCCCAAAUUCGGCUGCGUAAAAACAGCUAGUGUAUUCCGCGCAAUUCUCGCGGAACUCGUCGUCUUAGCACCCUUCACGAAAUGCGGAACAGCGCGGAACUUGCCUCGCGUGAUGAGCUGGAGCGCUUCCCCGGUCUGGAAUGCAAGACAGUCCUUGGGGAUGUUGACCUUGACGAUUUGGCCGGUUCGAGAGCGAAUGUAGAGGCCAGCUGCUGGGUCGGGAGAUUGGGGCAGUUCAGGGAGGGGGAGGUGUGUUGUUCCUUUUUCGAGGGAGGCAUUGGGAGGCGUUAUGGCUUCGUCGAUGAACAUUGCUGAUGUAAGGCCUGUGAGGCAGCCGUGGUCGAGGUGGGUUGCGCACCAGUCGUCGUCUUCAUCGUCCUUCCCCGUCUCCUUAUCCUGUUCCUGUUCUUGCUUUUGUGUGUUGUUGUCUAUUGCAGGGAAGUAAUGAAGCAAUCGAGCCUUAGUGGUUAGGCUAGUCUUCACGACGUGCUCCAGGUAUCCUUCCUUGUAGCCGUCGAUAUUCGCCAGUGCGUAUCGAUCGCAUGCUCUUGCAACCAGAGCCGCGGUGUCGAUGAUCAGAGUGCAGAGUUCUUCCAGACCCUUCCGGAAGGUCGGGAGACGCUCUGUUGAUGGCCAGACAUUUGGCGCCGUGUACUCUGAGAAACCCGGGAAUCCAUCCGCGGGAGCACCUUGCAGCUUUGGAUCCUGGUAGAAGGCGCAAUUCACAUAGUACGAGCCCUUGAGAGUGUCGAAGUGUCCGGAUCGUAAUGUUUCUUUUCCGCAGGACCAGCCGACUAGGUAUUUUGCCUGGGGGGAUGAGAGAGAUUCUUUCGUCGUCAGACAGCGCUGCCAGAUACGAAGCGUUCGAAAGCACCUGGGACCGGAGUGCCUGGAACUUUGGAUCCAGAUCCUUUACAACGAUGAUCCCCAGCGAAGAUGGACCGAAAGCCUCAGUGAGCGUCUCGAAGGAAACAGAGCCUAGAAAUGAAUCAGUCUGAUUCAGCCUCGCGUGUCAAGACUCGAUCCCUGCAGUACUUCUACUCACCGUCGAUAAGCUCCCGAAGGCUGACUGUGACUGCCUGAGCCUGCUCUACACCGUCCAAACCCAUUUCUCAAAGGAUCCUAGCAAUUCAGAUUGAAUGAAGGGAGAAUUGUCAGAGGAAUAACUUCAAAUCAGGGGUUACAAUCUGAAGUUGCAACAACGCUUUCCCCUCCCCCACCUGUUCGGCAAGCAGCGAGACGCUUAUCAGCGGCUUCGCGUAUCUCUCUUUCUCUUUUUUUUCUCUCUUUUCGGCAUGUGCAUGUACAGGUCGACUAGCCUCGUAUUCGAAAGCCUGGCGUGAUGCAUCGAGGCUGAACUGCGGGACAAGUGAUCCCCUAUUUAAACACUCAAAAUGAGCAGCCAAGCUCUUAUUCUGUUCAUUCCACUGCUUGCACAUGUCUAAUCCAAAAACAUAUCCCCAAAAGAUACAAACGAACAAGAGACACCCACCAUCCAUCCUCCAUAACAGAAAACGAAGCCAAAGACCCCUGCAUUGACCUGUGGCCAUCCCUCAUCAAUGGCAACAAGCCUUGGGUCCUAUUCGAACACGGCACCUGUUUGAUCAUAUCCGAACCAGAGGCUGAUCUGGCUGCACAAGCGCGUCAGAUUAUGGCCGCAUCAGGACCCGUGCAUGCCGGCAGCUCCUUUGAAGAUUUCACAAUCUACCCGUUGGAUGAGCCCUUUGAGGGGUGGCUUGUCGGAGGCCAUCAUCCGGGGAUGUACAAUUAUGUUUCGCCGCAGGAUUCGAGGGUUGGAACUGGUUCUGCGGAUAUUUUGGUUGGUAUUUGUGGAAGGGAGAAUAGGAAUGCAAAUGCGCAUUCUGUGAAGGCUGUACAUAUGGAGGAUACAAGGGUUGUGGAUUCAUGAGGGAUGAAAGUUUUUGAAUAUCAUUUCUAUGAUUUUAUUAGCAUCUCUAUGUAUAGUAGCAAGUCAGAAGGACAUGAACAAGGGCACUAAC